AUGCGCGCCCCUUCCCCGCUCGUCCUUCGGACCUGGGGAUCACGACUAGCUCCGCGAAGAUGUGUCCCAUUAUGCCGUUCAAACAUCACUCGUCCCGCAACUAGAUCAGUAGCAAGCUACACACACCCUCACCAUGCCUCCGCCCUCUCCGUUCUCCCCACAGCAGUGGACACAUCCUCACCAGAAUAUCAAGAAAACAACCAACAGAUGCAAGAGCUCUUAGAUCGCAUGAACGAGCUCCAUACGAAGAUCGCUCGCGGAGGAAAUGACAAAGCACGUGAGAAGCACAUUGCUCGGGGCAAAAUGCUUCCUCGAGACCGAAUCUCUGCUCUAGUCGACCCAGGCACUUCCUUCUUGGAGCUAUCCGCACUAGCAGGACACGGUGUCUACGAUGGCGAAGAUGUCCCAGCCGGCGGUAUCAUUACCGGUGUUGGAACCGUGGAGGGUGUCAAUUGCAUGAUUGUCGCAAAUGACAGUACCGUCAAGGGCGGUACCUACUACCCCAUCACUGUAAAAAAGCACCUUCGCGCACAGGCAAUCGCCCAGGAAAAUCGCCUACCUUGCAUUUACCUGGUUGACUCUGGUGGUGCAAACUUGCCUCAUCAGGCAGAUGUCUUCCCUGAUCGUGACCACUUCGGCCGCAUCUUCUUCAACCAGGCUCGCAUGAGCUCACUCGGUAUUCCGCAACUGUCUGUGGUCAUGGGACCUUGCACGGCGGGUGGUGCCUACGUACCCGCAAUGAGUGAUGAGACAAUCAUCGUCGAAAAUCAGGGUACUAUCUUCCUGGCUGGGCCACCGCUUGUCAAGGCCGCCACUGGCGAGGAGGUUUCCGCCGAGGACCUAGGCGGCGGCCAACUACACUCUAGCAUCUCCGGUGUAACGGACUACUUGGCUGUUGACGACGCCCAUGCUCUUGUGCUUGCCCGUCGUUCCGUCGCGAACCUCAAUUACCCUCCCACUAAGACGCCACUACAACUGGAAAACGGAAAUGGGGACUCACUCGUUGUCAAAGAGCCGCUUUACGAUCCCAACGAGCUGAACGGCAUUGUUGGUACGAAUCUACGACGCCAGAUUCCUGUGCACGAGGUCAUUGCACGCAUUGUUGAUGGGAGCGAGUUUGCUGAAUUCAAGCGUGAUUAUGGCUCGACGUUGGUAACGGGCUUUGCGCGCAUUCAUGGCCAUCGCGUUGGAAUCGUUGCUAAUAACGGCAUCUUAUUCUCGGAGUCUUCGCUCAAGGGAGCGCAUUUCAUUGAGCUCUGUGCUCAACGGCGAAUUCCUCUCAUUUUCUUGCAGAACAUCUCUGGUUUCAUGGUUGGUGCUGAUGCCGAGAAGGGCGGCAUUGCAAAGAAUGGAGCCAAACUUGUGACGGCUGUGGCUUGUGCCGAUGUUCCCAAGUUCACUGUUGUCUUCGGGUCUAGUGCUGGUGCUGGUAAUUAUGGAAUGUGUGGUCGUGCUUAUUCUCCUCGUCUUCUCUUCAUGUGGCCCAAUGCUAAGAUCGGCGUCAUGGGCUCUGAGCAACUCUCUGCUGUCAUGGAGGCUGUUGGCAAAUCUGCGGAUCCAGCUCUGAAAGAACGUAUUGAUCGUGAGUCAGAAGCCACUUUCUCCUCGGCCCGUUUGUGGGACGAUGGUGUCAUUCCACCAUCUCAGACCAGGAAGAUGCUGGGUCUCGGUUUGACGGCUGCGCUGAGUGGCAAGUCCGAGCCAGAUAUUCAAACCAAAUUCGGUGUGUUCCGGAUGUGA